AUGCAUUUCUCCAAGCUCCUUCUCUUCGCUAUUAGCACCGCUGCUCUCCUCCUCCCUAGACAGGACCCUACAGACUCGAUCUCCGACCUUCUCGAUACCCCCGAAUAUCAAUGUGCCAUCGAUUGCAAGGCCCGAUACAACAAUUGCUUCGCUUCGCGAUGCUGCGAAUUGCCCUCGUGCGGAAUGGGAGACCAGCAGUCAUGUGAGGAGUUCAAGAGCCUUUGUGCUGCUCAGGGUGGGAAGUGCAGUUGCUUGCCUCAGUGCGCAAACUUAGGCACAGGGCUUUGGCUCCCGGAGUGCAAGUGCUAG